AUGGCUGAAGCAUUGGCAGCUAUUGGGCUCGCAAGCAACAUUCUACAAUUCGUCGAGGUUGGCAUCACAGCAGUGCGGUCUGCACAUAAGCUUUACAAAGGUGCCGAUGACCUGUCCAAGGCAGACAAGGAGCUGGAGCUGCUCACGCGAAACGUAAAGUUGACUCUCCAUCGGAUCCAACACAAUGCACAUGUCAAACUUCCUGACGAUCUACGGGCGCUGAUCACGAUUUGUGGUCCGCUCGCAGAUGAACUCCUCAGUCUCCUAGAUAAUCUAAAGAUUGACCCUGAAAAGGACAAGAGGGUUGAGAGCAUGAAGAAGACCUUCAAGGCCUACCGAACACGGCAUGAAAUCAAGGACCUUUCUGAGCGUAUUGAGAAAAUCCGCAUUCGCAUUUGUGAUCAUAUGAACGUCGAGUUCAUGACAAACCUUGUUUGCAAGGAGGUCAAUGUUCUCGUCUUUGAGGACGAACAAGCCAAGUUGCAGAGGACUGCAUGGUCUAUCACUGAUCUUGCAACCGAACGGCCUUGGGAGGCAGUUGACGACAGCAACACGGACAGUCAGCUCAUGUCCAACGUUCCGGCUCGAGCACCAACUUCGUCCCGCGGGCAUUCAAAUCUGAACGGCAAGCAGCUGACUGGUCGCGAAUCUAGAAAACUUGCAGUUCAUGGCCCGACAUUCGGCGAAGGUGUGCGGCAGGCUUUUCAAGAUGACAGACCCCAAGGCUUCCAUGACUUGGUUCGCCUUACAGCAGAGUUCUCCUCCCAAUUACGUUUCCACCGGCCCGCUAAUCGAGUACUGAGAAGUCUACAUUUUAAUGAGAUCAAAGAGCGUCAAGCCGAUGUAACUUCAGCAUACAAGAAUACCUUUGAGUGGAUAUUCGACGAUGGUUCUACUGUGACAUUCCACGAAUGGCUUCGCUCCUCGAAGGAUGAUGGUGUUUACUGGAUUGCGGGGGAUCCUGGGUCAGGGAAGUCCACGUUGAUGAAGUUCCUAUUGAACCACCAAGGGACAACUCGGAUCCUGGAUGAAUGGGCUGGGAAAACCCACUUGGCAACAGGGAACGUCAUCCAAGUCGGACACUUCUUUUGGUCGGCUGGUACCUCGGUACAAAAGUCACAAGAGGGUUUGUUCAGGACGCUCUUGUUCCAAAUCUUUCUGAAGCGGCCGAAGCUAAUCCCUAAACUUUGCCCUCAAAGCUGGGCAGAUGACGAAUUGGCCGGCACGUUCCAAACAUGGACAAGGAGUGAACUUUUUGCCACCAUGAAGAGAUUAACUGAAAUCCUCAGUCCAGACUGUCGAAUAUGCAUGUUUAUUGACGGUCUCGACGAAUACUAUGGCAACCACAAGGAGCUUAUCGACGUCCUCCGUGAGAUAGGAUCCUCGCCCUAUCUGAAAAUAUGCGUCUCGAGCAGGCCGUGGAUAGAAUUCCGGAAUGCUUUCGAACGAGGUCGAUGGAAACUUCAAGUGCAAGAUCUAACACAGAGAGAUAUUCGCAAUUUUGUUACGGGCCAAUUCGAUUCUGUGGAGAUUGUUGAGCUGCCUGAGGAUGACGAUUCUUGGACAACAGAGGCUUUGAUUGAGGAGAUCUGUAGAAGAGCUCAGGGCGUCUUUCUGUGGGUCUUUCUCGUGACCAGGUCUCUGAUUAGAGGAGCAGGAAACGGCGACAACAUGCGCGAUCUCCAAAAACGUCUGAACGAGCUGCCAACCGACCUGGAGAAGUACUUCGAAGUCAUGUUUGACUCCAUCGAGGACUUAUACCGGCAGCGGACGGCAAGGAUAUUCAGCAGCCUAGUCCACGUCGACACGACCUUACCCAUUCUCAUCUUCCACUUCUUUGACGUGGAGGAACAUUGCCCUGAUUAUGCCUACCGGAAGGACAAGAUCAAACCUAUGACCGAAAGCCAGGUGCUUCGGAUCGUGAAGCCUAAAAGGCACCAGCUCAUUGCACAAUGUAGAGAUCUCCUGAAACUCUCCGUCGAUCAACAUGAGCCGGCUAUGCUCAGGGACCGUGCAGGCUUCUUGCAUCGAACGGUCUGGGAUUUCCUCAGAACGGAAAAUAUGACACAACUGCUGAGCCAUCGAUCCGGGCCGGGUUUUGAACCCCGCCUCUCCCUAUCCAACGCAUUUCUCGCCAUGUGCAAGAUCAUACCUCACGAGUGGGUUUCAAGUGGUUUGAUACAAAUGAGUCGCAUCAUGCGCUUUGUUCUUGGCGCCGUAUCGUACUCACAACAGCUCGAAGCGAUGAAUGACUGCGCCGAUGAGCCCAUGCUUGACGAGCUGCAAUCAACCGUGAAGGUGCUGGUAUCUUCGACGAGCUGGCAAAGGUUUACCCCAACCGAAAUGCAUAUCCUUUCUAUCGAGGAUCUGGCCGUGCGCUGUGGUUUGUACCACUAUAUCGGCCUGAAAGUUCCCAAAGCGACAGCCAAAGACAGGGCUCGCCUCCUCCACCAGGCUCUACGUCCUUCACUGAACGUUCACGGAGAAGGGGGGCUCAUCACUUCUGCAGGCACUGGCAUCGACUUGAAAAUGCUCCGCUUGCUCCUCGAUCUCGGCGUCUCUCCAAAUGUUCCGUCCGCUGGCGCGAGGUCUGUCUGGGAACUAUUCAUAACGGAAGUCAGUUCGGCUGCGACUGGUUCUGGGUCACCCCAAGGAGCAUCCACGUUCGAGGCUUGCAGGCUGAUGCUCUCCCAUGGAGCGGACAGGAUUGUAACUAUCAACAAUUCGGAGAUCGAUGUCACUCAGUUCUUGCGCGAUCGAUUUCCAGACCAAGAGCAGUACAUACCGGGGCCGUGCAAUGACAGUCACAGCGAUGAUCAAGGCGUAGCAUCAGGCUUAGUGAGCGCUCUCGGCUCUCUUAUGAAGGGGAUGUGGGGAUAUUGA